AGCCCCCUCCUCGCGCAGCAAGGGAGAAGGGGCGAACGGGCUCGUGCAUGUGAGAGCGCGAACGAGCGCGCGUGUGCGUGACAGAGGAGGACGACGAGGAACAACCCGAAAACAAGAAAAAGGGAGGAAGAAGAGUACGAGAAGUGCUACCAACACUUUGGACCUUGAACGAAAAAAGCCAAAAGAGCGAAAAAGAAGAAGGUGAUGGACGCUUCAACUUUGUUGCUCUUGUCGCUCCACGUGACGGCAGCCCUCACAGCGUGUCUGUUGGGACAAGGCCCGCACUGCAAUCUGGUCCAGUCCAAAGAAGACGACUUGGACUGGGAGCAAGGCCCGCCGCCGUCACAGAACGCUGCCGUCUGGAUGCCGACAGGAUCCGCCUCCUUCUUGUACGUCAACAUGAGCGGUCGCAGCGCCGGUCGGCGGGCCCGUCUGCUGAUGUCGCCGCUCAAAGAAAACGACACGCACUGCAUCCACUUCUCCUUCUUCCACGACGCCGAGCUCAACGUCUACGUCAAAGAGAACAACAGUUCACUGGCGCUUCCCGUGUUCAACUCAUCCAGCCACGAGCAACGCACGUGGAACAUGUUGGAACUGGCCGUGUCCACGUUUUGGCCCAACGUCUACCAGGUGGUGUUUGAGGCGGUCAGCGGUGGGCACGGAGGGGGCGCGGCCAUUAAAGACCUAUCCCUGCAGGGACACCAGUGUGCGAGCGCACCUCACUUCCUGCACAUCAAAGGCGUGGAAGUGAAUGCGGGCCAGGCAGCGGUGUUUGCGUGCACAGUGAGCGGUCGCCCUCGCAACGACGUCCGCCUCUUCCUGCAAGGCGGGAGUGGUCGUCGCGCCAUGGCCACGGAAACCAAGCCAGUCAACUCGCGGCGUUAUGUGGCGACCUUUCACGUGGACAACACCACCAAAGAAGACUCUGGCCGCUACCGCUGCAUCGGCCAGUCCGAGCGCGGAGUUGGCGUUUCCUCCUAUGCCGACCUCACUGUCAAACAGCCCCCCGUGCCCAUCGCCCCGCCUCAGCUGACGGCGGUGGGUGCCACCUACCUGUGGAUCCAGCUCAACGCCAACUCCAUCAAUGGCGACGGUCCCAUUGUGGAGCGCGAGGUGGAGUACCGCACAGCGGCGGGCGUGUUGAUCGACACGACGCCGGUGGACAAGACCAACCACAAGAUCGGCCACCUCGACCCCGAUACCGAGUAUCGCAUCAGCGUGCUGCUCACCCGGCCCCUGGAGGGAGGCACGGGAAAGCCUGGGCCGCCGCUGCGCGCCCGCACCAAAUGUGCAGAGCCGCUGCACGGUCCGCGUGGCCUGCAGGUGGCAGCGGUGCGCUCUAAAGAGGUGACGCUGCGUUGGGACUCUCUGGGCUACGGCGUGACGCGCUGCCACAGCUACAAUGUGACGCUGCAGUACCGCUACCGACCCGCGGGGGCGACUGAGGUCGAAGAACGGCAAGAAACGGCUUAUGGUACUCUGGGCGUGGCGCCGCAGCACACCCUGCGUGACCUCACACCCUUCACCAACGUUAGCAUCAGGCUCAUCCUCAGCAACCCUGAAGGACGUAAGGAGAGCGAGGAGCUGCUGGUGCUGACGGACGAGGACGUUCCCGGAGCGGUUCCGCUGGCGUCCGUCACGGGCGGCACCUACGAGCAACACAUCCGGGUCAGCUGGGCGCCGCCGCUGCAAACAUACGGACGGAUCAGCCACUAUGAGGUCUCCUUCAAAGCCUUGAGCUCGUUCGACUCUGACAUGGACCUGACCAAUCAGAGCGGGAAGGUGCUGAAGGCUGCCAAUGAGACGAGUCACGUGUUCACUGGCCUCUUCCCGGGCUCCACCUACUCCUUCACGAUAAGAGCAGCAACCGCCAAAGGCUUUGGACCACCCGCCGUCACGCAGUUCACCACCAAGAUCUCAGCUCCCAUCAUGCCAACGUACGAGCGGCAGCCACCAAUCAACCAAAGCGACGCCACCGUCAGCGUCCUACUACGACCCGCACGCAGCCGCGGCGCCCCCGUCAGCAAGUACCAGGUGGUGGUGGAGGAGGAGCGCCCCCGCAGGCAGACAAGGGGCACUGCAGAAAUCUUGCGCUGCUAUCCGGUCCCCGUCCACUUCCUGAACGCCAGCCAGCUCGACUCACUCUACUACUUCAGCGCCGAGCUAACUGUGGGCCACGUCAACAAAGCCACGCCGUUUUGUGUCGGUGAUAAUGGCACAUAUGGUGGAUUCUGGAAUGUUCCUCUACUGCCUCACAAGAGUUACGCCAUCUACUACCAGGCAGUCAGCAGUGCUAACGGGGAGACAAAGAUUGACUGUGUCCGUGUGGCCACUAAAGCUGCUAUCAUCAGCACUCAGCUCAGCACGCCGCACGCCGCCCUCGGCUUCGGCCUCCGAGGCCCCGCCGCCGCCGGCGACAAGCAGCUGGCAGGCGCUGCCACCAGAAAACCCGACCCGGAUCACGAGAAACAAUCGGACCACACGGUGAAGAUCGCCGGCGCCACGGCUGGCGUCUUGCUCUUCAUUAUCAUCUUCCUCGGGGUCAUUCUCCUCAUGAAAAAAGGGAAGUUGGCGAAGAAGAGGAAGGAAACGCUAAGCUCCAGACAGGAAAUGACUCUAAUGGUCAACAAUUCACAGCACCCAACAAUGGUGGACACACACGCACACACUCUAAAUGGCCACACGGUGUCAUCCGCGUCGACAUUCACCAUGAAGACUAACAGCAGCACCAUUCCAAAGUCCUACUACGCAGACGCGGCAGUGCCGACCGCCAUUUUAGUUCCCAUUCAUGACGAGCUGAGCAGCGAGACCAGCAGCUUGGUCCAGAACCACCUGAAGCAGCGUGAAGCGGAGCGCGAGCCGCCACGCUACCACCCCGACUCGGCCCAGAGGCACCCCGCCAUCCGCGUGGCCGACCUUCUGCAGCACAUCACGCAGAUGAAGUGCUCCGAGGGCUACGGAUUCAAGGAGGAGUACGAGCUUAACGAGAGUUUCUUGGAGGGUCAGUCGGCACCUUGGGAAUCGGCCAAGCAGGAUGAAAACAGAAUGAAAAAUCGCUACGGGAACAUCAUUGCCUACGACCAUUCUCGUGUACGUCUGCAGCCUCAAGAUGGAGAGAAGGGAUCUGACUACAUCAACGCCAGCUAUGUCGACGGUUACCACUGGCCCAACCACUACAUCGCCACGCAAGGUCCCAUGCGGGAGACAAUGUACGACUUCUGGCGGAUGGUGUGGCAGGAGAACACUGCUGCUAUCGUCAUGGUAACCAACCUGGUGGAGGUGGGGCGGGUCAAGUGUUGCAAGUACUGGCCCGACGACAGCGAGAUCUUCGGGGACAUUUCCGUGACGCUGAUGGAGACGCAGCUGCUCUCCGAGUACGUCAUCCGAACCUUCGCCGUGGAGAAGAGGGGUGCGGCCGAGAUCCGGGAGAUCCGCCAGUUUCAUUUCACGGGUUGGCCCGACCACGGCGUCCCGGCACACGCCACCGGACUGCUCGGCUUCAUCCGCCGCGUCAAGGCCAAGACGCCUCCCGCCACCGGGCCCACCGUGGUGCACUGCAGCGCGGGUGCGGGCCGCACGGGUUGCUUCAUGGUCAUCGACAUCAUGCUGGACAUGGCGGAGCGCGAGGGCGUGGUUGACAUCUACAACUGCGUGCGAGAGCUGCGAGCGCGACGCGUCAACAUGGUGCAGACCGAGGAGCAGUACGUCUUCAUCCACGACGCCAUCCUGGAGGCGUGUCUGUGCGGCGACACGUCCAUAUCGGCCAAUCAGCUUUGUUCCGUCUACUACGACAUGACCCGUCCGGACCCGCAGACCAACUCCAGUCCCAUCAAGGAAGAGUUCCGGACGUUGAACAUGGUGACGCCGACGCUGCGUGUGGAGGACUGCAGCAUCGCGCUGCUGCCGCGCAACCACGACAAGAACCGCCGCAUGGAUGUGCUUCCUCCCGACCGCUGCCUGCCCCUCCUCAUCACCAUGGACGGCGAGAGCUCCAACUACAUCAACGCCGCGCUCAUGGACAGCUACAAGCAGCCAUCGGCCUUCAUCGUGGCGCAGCAUCCUCUGCCCAACACCGUCAAGGACUUCUGGCGCCUAGUCUUGGACUACCACUGUACCGCAAUUGUCAUGCUCAACGACGUGGACCCGGCACAGCUGUGUCCCCAGUACUGGCCCGAGAACGGCGUCCAUCGUCUGGGCUCGCUGCAGGUGGAGUUUGUGUCGGCCGACCUGGAGGAGGACGUCAUCAGCCGCAUCUUCCGCAUCUACAACAACACCAGGCCCCAGGACGGUUACCGGAUGGUUCAGCAGUUCCAGUUCUUGGGCUGGCCUCGCUACCGGGAUACGCCCGUCAGCAAGCGCUCCUUCCUCAAGCUGCUCCACCUGGUGGACAAAUGGCAGGAUGACGGCGGAGAUGGACGCACGCUUGUGCACUGCCUGAAUGGCGGGGGGCGCAGUGGCGUCUUCUGCGGCGUCAACAUUGUGUGCGACAUGUUACGGCAGCAGCGGUCCCUCGAUGUUUUUCAUGCCGUCAAAACGCUGAGAAACAACAAACCCAACAUGGUGGAACUUCUGGAACAGUACAAGUUUUGUUACGAAGUGGCUCUGGAGUACUUGUCCUCCACAUAGAGAGGACAACGCUGCUUCCAUCUUCACCCUCCUUUUAUCAGCCUCCUCGCUGCCGGACAGAACCGGGAAGUCCAAAACGACGAGCGCGACGACUACUAGCGGAGGACGUGUUUUUGCACUGUUUUGUUCGAAUGCUGUCAAACGUUCACACACGCACAUGCACACGCGUGUUUUUUUGAGGACCCAUUCUCAUGGUAUGCAUCUUUACACCUGAGUGGAGCUUCCAUUCACUCUCCCAAAGUUGAUGUGCAUCGCUUCCUGUUUGUUAUAUGAUGAUGGCCAAGAAGCCACCUUUAUUAAAUGUGCUUUUAUCUGCUUUACACACACACAUACACAUACACACACACACGCACAAACACAAACUAGACAUCGCAAUCAAAGAGGCGUUUAUGGAUUUUUUUGGGGGAGAAAGAAUUUGAUCCUUGUGUGUGUUAGUGUGUGUUCAUGCAUGAUGAGAGCACAGUGGUAAGUUGUGUCAAAAUGACAAAAGUAGCCCACGUAUGAAUGAGAAGUCUUUGUUUUGGGUUUGUGCGGUGGCCAGGUGGGCGUCGUAAGACACUGCGAGUUGUGACGUUUGAUAUUUGUGUACAUAAAACUCACUAUUUAUUAUUUCUUGUCCUUAUGAAGCAUGCAGACACGUCUGGUGCUGACGUUAAAUGUAUUUAUUGAAGAAUCGUGUUUGUGUUGUUUGGUUCAUAGCUACGACGAAUAAAAAAAAAGGUCAAGCACUUC